AUGCAAUAUCAGGGCCCUGAUGCCCAAGGCGAUCGGGGCCUCGACGAGGACGCCAAAAUCCUCGGAAGCUCUGCUCAAACAAUCCGCCAGGGAAACCAACCCCUGUCCCUACUGCUCUCUCCUCCACUUACUUCACCACUGAUACCUUUGGGAGGAACAAUCGAUUCCACCCCUCCACUCACUCCACUCCGCCAAUACAGCUCAUCCCAACCACUGGGUCCGCGUUUCACUAGCACAAAUGUAUCACAUCCUGCUUAUGACCCAAACCGGGGGGCACAGCUCAGGAGUGCCGCUGACCGUGCAAAUCCGUACCGGGGUAGACUGGAACAAGCUGAUCAUGCACGAGGGCAAGAACGGGCUCGUAGUAGAAGUCCUCGCCGCCCCAUUCAACCCUCUGGCAUUUCUGUAUCCCGGGAACUACCCAAAGCUCCAUUUAUGGGAUUCAAUCAAUAUCCUCGUGAGAUGUAUGUUCCACCCGGAAUCAAUGACCUGAUGCCUCACAAUCUGCCUAGCUCCUCCCCGACACAAUCUCCAAUCAACACGAAGCGUGGUCAUGGCCGUGCUCCUACUAUGGACCAUCCAUGGGACUCUGCUGGGGAGAUUUACACCCUCAAUGACGGGGACUUGUAUGGAUACCCACACGAUCAACAGCAGCAAGUGCAGGGGGAUGACCUGAGACCUCUAGGGAAUCAGCCCAACAAGCAAGAAGAGGAUACCAACGACAACGAUGAGGAGCAUUUGUGUGAAUUUGCUGCCCCAUGCCGAAUGCAUCCCUCGCCCGAUGGAAUGCACUAUCGAAAGGUUGUGUCGCAUGUGUUUGGCAGAAACAAGGCCGUUACCAAGCUAUUCCCACUCGGCGUCUGGGUCCAUUAUUGCCGAAAGCACUACCAACGUGCCCGCUAUCGUGCAGACCAAUGGCCGUUCACGCAGUGUGAUCUCCUGUUAGAAUCUCUGAGCCGAAUGGAGAACUGGGAUGGAGUGGAUAGUUUCGAACUCAUCCUCCGCCGACGAGAGCAAAUGCGUGUUGGGCGUGAGACCGAGGGCCAAGCUACCACCGAGACCCCCAAUCCAAACGAAUCUACUACUCCUGCGGGCAAGGCCCAGGACCAAGAGCACAAGAUUUCGGGUGUCGUUACCCGGUCUCCGGGCCGUAAGCAUCCAACUGCCAUCAUCGCCCCCGUCCCAGAUUGGCUGCGCCAACAUGUUGGUCACGGUAAGACAUUCCAGGAGAUCCGCCAGAUUAUCGAAAUGGUGCGUGGCCACAUGGUGAGGCUCCGAAAUCUGGAAAGAGCGAAACAACAGCUCAGUCAUAUUCCCAAUUCUCCAAGUGCGUCAGGAAGCUCUCGUCGAGGUGCACUUUCGAACGGCCGAAAGGGACGUAUCGCCAAACCUGCCAACCGGGAACCCCUACGUCUACGUGCUAGCACUAUUCGUUUCCCCGAUGUUGAAAUCCUCCCCCAUUUCAAGCCAUGGGUAAAGCAGGCUGCUCUACGCCAGCGAUCUGCCACUACCUGUCCCGCCAACGAAGGGGAUGACAACGACUAUGAAGCACAGCAGAGACUUUCGGGGAGGGGACAUAUCAUUGGAGAAAUUCCGGAUACUCAUGGUACCAACGCUCAGGCCGAAUCGAGUCAGCCGACAAAUGGCAACGUCCAAACUAACAACACCACCCACUGUGACGGAAGUUCCGAGUACGUUUCUACAACAGAGAUGAAUGGAGUCAAUCUCUCUCAGAUUCAAGCUCACAUCGGCAGGGCUGGGACCAACCGUGGUCAGUCUGAGAGCCAGCGGCGACGCAGUGAACGGGUCUACCUUAAGGCCAUAGACCGUGUCCCUGGCCAGGGUUCUACCAAGAAGUCCGGCAAGGAUGGUGAGCAAUAG